AUGCAGCCCACACCCGAGACACCUUCUCCCCCCCUUACAGGCCCACAACGGGCACAGGCAGAGGAGGUAGCUAGACAAAGAGGCCCCUGGAUGGAUACAGAGGACCCCUUAUCCGCUUAUGUAUCAAUGCAUGGAGGUAGCCGCCCCAUUCGCCGUAUAUUGAUCGCAAACAACGGGAUGGCUGCCACCAAGGCCAUUGCCUCUAUGCGCCAGUGGACCUUCGAGACCUUCGGGGACCCAAAUGUCAGUUCUGCUGCUGUUGCUGCAGUUGCUGCUGCUGUUGCUGUGGGGGCGCGUGCGCUCGUUUCUGCUGCACGUGUUGCAGCGAGUGCUGCUGGGGCCGCUGCUGCUGUUGUCAAGCAGCCGCUGUUUUGCAUGGGUGUCUUUGUGGCGUCGUGUGCUGGUGUCCUGCUAUUGCCUUUACUGCUUCCAUUGCUGCUGCUGUUGCUGCUGCAGCUGCUGACGUUUGUGGCUAUGGCAUCGCCCGAUGACCUAGAGGCAAACAGUGAAUUUCUAAAGAAGGCAGACGAGAUUGUUCCUGUCCCUGGGGGCCCCAGCAGGGAGAACUAUGGCAAUGUUUCUCUUAUAUGCGACAUAGCAGUGAAGCAAAAGGUUGACGCCGUGUGGCCUGGAUGGGGGCAUGCAUCAGAGAAUCCUUCUUUACCUGCUCGCCUGUCUGAGUUGGGUAUAAUAUUCUUAGGGCCUCAGUCGAAGGUAAUGGCGGCACUUGGUGAUAAAAUUGCUGCCAAUAUUUUAGCACAAACAGCACAAGUACCCGCCAUCCCAUGGAGCGGCACUGGCCUUACAGCUAAACUCGAUAGAGAGGGCAAUAUACCGCAGGAGGUGUUCAAGGCAGCGACGAUUUCAACUCUGGAGCAGUGCCGCGCUGCUGCAGACCGAGUGGGUUAUCCGUUGCUGUUGAAGGCAUCAGGGGGAGGAGGGGGCAAAGGGAUCCGUUUAUGUUACCGUGCGGAGGAUUUAGAGACAGCACUGGCGCAGGUUCAAGCGGAGGUGCAGGGGUCUCCUGUUUUUCUAAUGAGACUGUGCGAGAAAGCAAGACAUAUUGAAGUACAAAUUGCAGGAGACACCCACGGCAAUGCCGUCGCACUCUCAGGAAGAGACUGCAGCACACAGAGGCGAUUCCAAAAAAUAUUUGAAGAAGCGCCUCCAACCGUCGUGCCCCCAGACACAUUCAAGUCUGUUGCCUCCCCUUCACUGUCUCUUAAUGCAUCUGCUGCGCAUGCGGCUGUCGUAGCUUCCUUGGUUCACAUAGCCAUAGGGGAGAUGGAGCGGGCGGCGCAGCGUUUGACGCAGUCAUUGGGCUACGAGGGCUUGGGGACAGUGGAAUAUUUGUUCAGCCCCACAUCGAAUUCUUUCUUCUUCCUCGAGCUAAACCCCCGUCUUCAGGUGGAGCAUCCCGUUACAGAGGCCGUGACUGGCCAAAACUUACCUGCAUUGCAGCUGCAGAUCGCCAUGGGCAUUCCUCUCUAUAGAGUACCCAGUAUCCGCGCUUUCUUUAAUAAACCAACAGACGGCACAGAGCCGAUCGACUUCUUAUCCGAGGAUUAUAAACAGCUCAAUAGCCACGUCAUUGCCGCUCGAAUAACUGCAGAGAACCCGAGCGAAGGCUUUCGACCUACCAGCGGACGGGUGGAUUCGCUAGAUUUUAGCCCCCCCGAGAAGGUGUGGGGUUACUUCGCCGUGGGGACGCAUGGGGCUUUGCAUGGGCAUGCAGAUUCACAAUUCGGUCACAUCUUUGCUGCGGGGGAUAAUCGCAAUGAAGCUCGCAAGAGACUUAUAUGGGGGCUGCAGCAGCUGCAGAUCCGGGGAGACAUACGCACACCAAUAGAGUUCCUUAAGCGCCUGCUGCAGCAGCCUGCCUUCGUUAAUCAUACCCUCAAUACAGAAUGGCUGGAUAGCAUCAUCAAAGCCAAACAACUCCUACCAGCACCAAAUAAGGCUGAAGUUGUAUUCGCUUCCGCAGCCUUCAGAGCGAUACAGGCUCUUGAGAAGCAGAAGGCAGCCUGGCUUUCCGCAGCAAAACGGGGCCACAGCUACUUGCCGCCUGUGGGGCCGCUGCUGUCUGUGGAGGUACCGAUAGCCUGGGAUGGGGAGUUGUACACAUUUAAAUUUUCUCGUACAUCUCCUAAUGCGUUGGGUUUUUCUUUGAACAAACAGAAGGGAGAGGCGGAGUACCGACGCCAGGCUGACGGUUCCUUCAUCCUGUCAAUAUAUUCCGAGCCCCCGCAACAGCAACAGCAGCAACAACAACAGACACACAAAGAACAGCAGCAGCAGCCACGGCUACUUCGUUUUAGUGCUACAGAAGAGCCACUAGGCUUGCGCUUAGAGUUGGGGAAGGAUUCAAUGAUGGUGGUGGACCCGCGCGAUCCAUCCGAGCUACGAUCAGAUGUUAACGGACGGCUCGUUCGAUAUCUUAUUCAAGAUGGGGAGACAGUUAAAAAGGGACAGCCGUUUGCAGAGGUCGAAGCCAUGAAAAUGAUCCUCACACUCACUGCUGGGGAGAGUGGGGUGUUGAUACACCGCAAGAGCGCAGGGUCGUUGAUUCAGCAGGGAGAAUUGUUGGCCUCUCUGCGUCUUGACGACCCGUCGAAGGUAGUGCGGCUAAAGCCUUUUGAUGGUUCAUUGGAUUUGUCUCCUCAUCCGCUGUCUUCUCCUGUACAGUCAACAGCAGGAGGAGCAGAAGCAGGAGCAGGAGAAGCGGCAGCACCAGCUGCCCGUGUCGAAGGCGCAGCCGAAGCAUCAAUUGAAGAUGCUGCAGCAGCAGAAAGGAGACUUGAGCUGCUGCUUAGCGGAUUCGUUCAGCAGCAGACACCACAGCAGCUGCUGACAGCUCUCCUUGCAGGCCGCUGCGGCAGCUCUCUUAGCGCCUUUGGGUCUUUAGUUGAGCAUUGCCUCACCCGCUUUUUAGAAACAGAGGAGUUGUUUGCAGGAAAGGGGAACGUAGAGGCUGCUGCUGCAGUUGCUGCUGCUGCAGCAGACACAGAGGGACAGUUCAGGAUGUAUGUUUCGCACUACGCGCUUAAACACAAGGCAGAAAUGCUGCUCUUCCUCCUCAAGGAACUUGCGACAAGGCUGUCUGCACCUGGUGCAGCCUCCUUUGACUCCUCAAAGCUGGAGGGCCUUCUGCGUCGUGUGGGGGCACUAAAGGGCGUUGCAUACAAUGUCUUGGCUUUGGCCUCUCAGCGGCUGCUAAAGCAGCUGCUGCUGCCGUCUGUCGCCGAUCGCGUAUCUAUACUACGCAUGCAGCUGCAGCAGCUGCAACAGCUGCAGCAGGAGCAGCAGCAGGUCCUUCGAGACGAUCUGCUGCAGCUCCCAGAGGAACUCGGGGGCUACGGCCUCUUAGCCCAUCUCUUUAAAGACCCUCAGGUAGGACUCACAGCGCAGGAGAUGACGUUGAGGAGACAGCUCCUUGGGCUAGACCUGCAGCUGCAGCAACAGCAGCAACAGCACCAGGGUGCAGUCUCCUUCACAUGGAGAGAAAGCCUUAAACAUGGCGCUGGAGCAACAAUGAAUGCAGGUGUCUUUGCUUCCCUUGACAAUGUAGAGGAGCUGCAGCAGCGGAUGGGAUCGCUGCUGCAGCAGCUGGCCCGGCAGCAGGAAGCACUAGACAAAGGGGCCAAAGGCGUGCUGCUGCUGAGUCUGCCCCUAUUCAACGCACAGCCAGGUGCUGCAGGAUCUGAGGCAGCCGCUGGCGAGGCAGCAGCUGCUGCAGCGGCAGCAGCUGCUGCAGCAGCAGCUAGCUCGCCGGCUGCAGCUGCUGCACUUAAGAACCUCCACAGUCUCCGUUUGCUGCUGCCGACAGCCAGCGGCGACGCGCAGCAAGUCGCUCUUGUGCUGCAGCAGGAGCAGCUGCAGCUCCAGGAAGACCUGUUGCAGCGCGGUUUGUCUCUGUCUCAGUUUGUAUUUGGUGAGAUUGAGACAAUGCGGAACAUAGGGACAGUGCGGCGAUUGCCGUCUGCGGCGGCUGCUGCUGCAGUGCCUCCAGCAGCAUCUACAGAUUUGCUGCUGCAUGCAGUCUCCCCCAAGCCACCUGUGCCUCCAGCCGGGGCUGCUGCUCCUCUUCGGGCUCCGGCGCUGCGGGAUACAGUGUACGUACAUCGCAAUAUUCCCAAGGCCGAUGUUUUGCUGCAGGAGCAAGGGCUGGAGCAGCUACUGCAGCACCUGAUGCAGCAGCUGGAGGCAGCCUUCCGGGACCCUCAGGUCCACCCCACAAGCAGCAGUGUCAUCGUGCUGCAGCUGCUGCAGCAGGAAUCACCUGAAAAGCAAGCAGCGCUGCGCAAGGGCUUCUUAGAAGCUCUGCAGCAGCUGAAGGCAGAGCACGGCGAGCGGCUGCUGAAGCUAAAUGUGGAAAAGUUGGAGCUGCGGGUGCCGCAAGAUGCUGCAGCAGCUGUAGCAGCAGCAACAGAGCCAGAAGCAAACCCACCAGAGGACAACCUGGGUACUGCUGCAGGGUCGCAGGAGCAACAACUCAUCAGGGCCUCUAGCAGAGGCGGAUGCUGGCUGGAGCCCGAGGUGUCUGCGACAGGGGGAUACGGGGAAUGUGACUUGCAUGCAUCUACUGCAGCACGGAUGAAGAUGCAGCAGCAACAGCAGCAGCAGCAUCCGCUGGCGCCAGAGGCAUCGACAGCCGAGAGCUCCGCAGCGCCAUCUCCUCUUCUGUCGGAGUUGUUUACUCCCGAGAGCGGUUCAUUCCAGGAAGGGGAGAGCGGGUCUGUAGCAGCAGCAGCAAGCAGCAGCAGCAGCGUGGCGAGCUCGAGUAGCCACCGCAGCAGCAGCUGUACGCAUGAGAGGUUGCCGUUCUCGUGGGGACGCGGCGGGACUGCAGCAGCAGCAGCAGAGGCAGAGAGGACGGCUCCUUUGAUUACUCUCCGGGGCAUAUCCGAAACGCAAUUAGCAGCAAAACGUGCUGCAGCACAAAGAGCAGGCAGCACCUACAUCUACGACUUCUUGGGCCUUAUCAAUGCGGAGCUGCAGCAGCAGUGGAAGCGUACGCAAGACGCCUUCACUGCAGCAGGAGACCCCCGCAUUCUUAGUGUGCCUCACAAGCUCCUGGAGGCAAGGGAGUUUCACAUGGGCCCAGACGGGAAGCUGCAGUUACACCGCGACUGGGUGAUUGGUGACAACCGCGUGGGAAUGGUUGCCUUUUUGCUGUUGCUGCGUACCCCCGAGUAUCCUCAAGGGAGGGAGGUGGUGUUAAUAGGAAAUGAUGUUACACAUCAAGGGGGUUCCUUUGGUGUAGAGGAACAUGAAUUGUAUAGACAGGCAUCUGCGUUCUCGCGGCAGCACAAGAUCCCGCGGCUCUAUAUUGCAUGCAAUAGCGGGGCGCGUAUUGGGGUGUAUGAACAGCUAAAAUCCAAAUUACAGGUGGAAUGGAACGAUCCAGAGAAUCCAUGGUUAGGUUUCAAACAUUUAUAUAUAUCGGAGAGCGAUAUGAAGCAGCUGCCUGCAGGGGCGGUGGUAGGUAGAUGGGAGGCUUCCCCAUCUAAGACAGGGGAGAGGGUGUUUGUAUUAGAGGCGGUGGUAGGGGAGGCAGGGCAGCACUUAGGUGUUGAGAAUUUACGAGGAUCGGGGAAGAUUGCAGGGGAAACAAGUCAAGCAUAUGAUGAAGUAUUUACUCUUUCUCUUGUAACAGGACGUUCUGUGGGUAUAGGUGCAUAUGUUGUUCGUCUUGCACAACGUUGUAUACAGCAGCAGCACUCUCCCUUGGUACUAACAGGGUUUCAGGCAUUAAAUAAAUUAUUAGGUCGUGAUGUUUAUGUCUCUCAAGAGCAACUAGGGGGCCCCGAGGUCAUGGCACCUAACGGGGUUACUCACUUACAAGUUGCGUCGGAUAGAGAGGGCAUUGAGGAAGCUAUGCGAUGGCUGCAGUUCGUUCCCCCUACAGCAGAUGCUAUGCAUACACCCCACCGCGCUACAGACCCUGUAGACCGCAAAAUUGAGUUUACUCCUUCUUCUACUCCCUACGACCCUAGACAUAUGAUAGCAGGGCAUUGGGUACCCGCAACACCAGCCUCCGAGACAUCGGAGGAGGCGCAACAGCCACAGCAGCAGCAGCAACAGCAGCAGCAGCAGCAGGAUAAGCGAUGGGUUUCUGGUUUCUGCGAUAAAGACAGCUUCAAGGAAGUGUUAGGACCAUGGGGAUCAGGUGUCGUUGUUGGCAGGGCGAGGCUAGGAGGGCAGCCUAUUGGUGUUAUUGCUGUAGACACAAGGACUACCACAGCCGUCGCCCCUGCAGACCCUGCUAAUCCUGAGAGCAGCAGAGUAGAAACCCCACAGGCUGGACAGGUGUGGUUCCCAUCAAGUGCCUACAAGACAGCUCAGGCAAUAGCGGAUUUUAACAGAGGGGAGAAUCUGCCAUUAAUAAUAUUUGCGAAUUGGCGAGGAUUUUCUGGGGGUACAAGAGAUAUGUUUAAUGAGGUAUUAAAGUUCGGGUCUAUGAUAGUAGAUGCACUUAGGGUGUAUAGACACCCUGUAUUCGUAUAUAUACCUCCUUAUGGUGAAUUAAGAGGAGGAUCAUGGGUUGUUAUUGACCCCACCAUUAAUUCCUCACAAAUGGAGCUGUAUGCUGAUGAAUUAGCAAGAGGAGGAGUCUUAGAACCCCCAGGAAUCUGCGAGAUUAAAUUCAAAGAAGCAGAAAGAAAAAAACUUAUGCAGAAAAAUGACGCCAAGCUGCAGCAGUUGUACCGAGAUCUUGCUGCUGCUACUUCACCAGAAGCGGCGGAGAAGAUCAAGGAGGACAUCAACAAGAGAGAGAACCUGUUGAUGCCUGUCUACACGCAGGUUGCCCACGUGUACGCAGACCUCCAUGAUAGGGCCCCCCGUAUGGCAGCACGAGGAGGAGUAAGAAAAAUAUUAACUUGGGAGAAGGCAAGAGAAUUCUUCUACUGGAGAGUACGGAGGAGACUCGCUGCAAAUAACGUUGUCAAGAAGUUGAUGGCAGCAGAUCCCUCUCUUAGUUGGGAAGAAGCUCUUAGUUUACUUCAUAAAGAAAAUCCUCAGACGGCAGAUGCUGUUGAUGACCAGGAGGCCGUUGCCUUCUUGGAAAGCAGUGAAGGGCGGGAGAAAGUGGGGGCCCUGCUGCGUCGUACGGAAGCAGCAGCCUCCAGGAGGGAGCUGCUGCAGCUGGUAGGGCGGCUGUCAGCAGGAGAGAAGCGUGACGUAUUGUCUGAGGUACAAGCGCUUCUCUCGCAGCAAUAA